CCAUCUUAGAAACAUAAUGUCAUUUUUAUACGCAAAUCUUUACUGUACAUUUUCGUGUGUUGUAAAUUUCUCGAUCAAAAUUCGCAAAUAGAAAUCCGACGCCUAAACUGUUGGCCGCGUUCUUUCCGCAACGGCAUACGAGACGGAGAGAGUGUGCAGCAUCAAUAUACAGUGAUAUCAGUUAUAUCUUUUUUUUCAUUCUCCGCGCAAAAGUAUCGAAAUUUCGCAAUUGUUUGUGCGCGCGCGUUUGUGUGUGUGUGUGUGCAAUGUGCUAGUGUGCGUGUGUGGUGUGUGCGAGCGAGAGUGUGCUAAGUUGAACAUCUUUUACAAACCAGAAGACGCGAAAGAAAUAGAACUUUUCGGGCUUACAAUAACAACAUUUUAUCAGCGAAUCACAGGAUAGCUACUUCCCACAAGGCCUCCCGGAAGUAGAUGCAGGAAACAUCAUCUGCCAGUACAUCAGAAGCAACAGCCGGAGAAGAAGAAGCGGACAGGGCAACAGGAUGUCACGCAAUAAAGACAAGUACGAAAGCAACAACCCCCGGAGGCAGCAAACAUUUCUGACCGCCGAGGACAUUGCCGCCGGGAAGAAGACGUGCUGGCACGGCAUCGAGAUAACGGGCAGCGUGCGCAACCUCAGCCCGACGCUCUGGAAGUUCGAGCAUCUGACCGCGCUUUUCCUGAACGAUAACUGUCUGACGCGUUUGCCGCAUCAAAUCGGCCAGCUGGGCAACCUUCGGACGCUCGAUCUGUCCGCGAAUAAGCUGCGCAGUUUACCGGCCGAGUUGGGCGAGCUCAUACAACUGCGGGAAUUACUGCUGAACAAUAAUUAUCUGCGAGUGCUUCCGUACGAGCUUGGCAAACUGUUCAAUCUGCAUGUGCUGGGAUUGCACGGCAAUCCGCUCGGCAAGGAUGUACUUUCAAUCUACAACGAACCGAACGGGACGUCCAAAUUGCUGAUGUACAUGCUGGAUAAUUUGUCAGUAGCGGUAGCUCCACCACCUCAGCGUCCCUGGAUCCCUCUAGCUAGACCCAAUCGCAACCGGGGUGCAUGCAUAUUCACGGUCAUGUGCUAUAACGUGUUGUGCGACAAGUACGCGACGCGACAGAUGUACGGCUACUGUCCCAGCUGGGCAUUAAGUUGGGAAUACAGGAAAAAGGCCAUUCUUGACGAGAUACGACAUUACGCGGCGGACAUCAUCAGCCUGCAGGAGGUCGAAACCGACCAAUUCUUCAACUUCUUCAAGCCGGAGCUGAAGAACGAUGGCUACGAAGGCAUCUUUUCGCCCAAAUCGCGCGCCAAAACCAUGUCUGAAGCAGACCGAAAGUACGUCGAUGGGUGCGCGAUUUUCUUCCGCUCCGCAAAGUUUACGCUGAUCAAGGAACAUCUGGUCGAAUUUAACCAGCUGGCAAUGGCUAACGCGGAAGGGUCCGACAACAUGCUCAACCGCGUGAUGCCGAAGGACAACAUCGGGCUGGCAGCACUGCUGAAGGUGAAGGAAAGUGCGUGGGAAAGCGUUUCGCCCGAGGCGGCCCAAAUCUCGCAACCGAUCCUGGUGUGCACCGCGCACAUCCACUGGGAUCCGGAGUUUUGCGACGUGAAGCUCAUCCAGACGAUGAUGCUGAGCAACGAGCUGAAGACAAUACUGGACGAGGCGGGGCUGAGCUUCCGGCCGGGACACAAGUUCGAUGUAAAUAACGUGCAGCUGGUGCUGUGUGGUGACUUUAACUCGCUGCCAGACUCGGGUGUGAUUGAAUUUCUAAGUGCCGGGCGUGUAUCAAUGGACCAUCAAGAUUUCAAGGAGCUGGGCUACAAAUCCUGCCUGCAGCGUAUAUCAAAUUGUGAUACACCAAAUGAAUUUACUCAUUCCUUUAAACUAGCGUCAGCGUACAGUGAAGAUAUAAUGCCAUAUACAAAUUAUACAUUCGAAUUUAAAGGUAUUAUCGAUUACAUAUUCUACUCGAAGCAGGGCAUGGUGCCGCUCGGGCUGCUCGGUCCGAUCUCGUCCGAUUGGCUGCGGGAGAACAAGGUGGUCGGUUGCCCCCAUCCGCACAUACCGUCCGACCACUUCCCGCUGCUAGUCGAGCUCGAGCUAAUCCAUAUGCCAACGACGGGCGCCCAGCCGAAUGGGCUGAUCGGUCGAAGGUAGCAAUAAAACCUGCUAGAGCCCCGCGUAGUAGUAGCCGCCGCCGACGCCGCCGGCAGCAGGCAGAAUGACACCCGCGUGCAAAACUGACUGCAGCAAUAGUACGACCUCCGCCGCCACCGCCGCGAACACACCACCACCUAAUUCAACCACCACCACCAGCAGCAGCAACCGUCAUGUGGUACUCUUGUACGUAACCAUCAUCAUCAUGUGAACUGGCGGAUAUUUGAGUAAAUCACACACACACAAACUGUCCACUCAAAAGGACUACACAAACGGUACAUUAGUAGAGCAUCACCUUGCAGUCCUGAGCAGGAAGGCAGUCAUGUCGCAGUGGCCGACACUAGAAUCCAGGCACACAGUAUCCUCAUCACGCAUCGUCGUAGAGAAAUGCAAGACAUUCAAAGCAGCACCUGUGCAAUGUCUGUGAAAGGUGCGGUCCCUCGAGAACGGCGAUCGAGUAGUCGCCGAUUCACCAAUACAGAGAAGGAGAAUGACAUUAAAUAAUUGUAUAUUAAGUAGACACAAACACACACACCCACAUACCCACACACUCAUACUUGCACACGCACAUACCAUGGACACUAGAUUCAAUUAUGAUUUGUUUGCAAAGAGCCAACCAACCUUGCUCGAAGAAGAAAGGCAAACAUAGAAAAAUCAACAACAAAAUGACAAAACACCAGAAGGGAGCAGGAGUGGUUUUGUGUAAGCCGAAGGGAAAAAGAUGCAAUAUGAAAAAAGAAAUAACAACGUAACACACAGCACGUUCCAAAAGUUGAAGAAACAAUAAAACACACGAAACUGGGCAAGUAAAUUAGGGCACAACAAUAGUAUAAAAGGGCCAAGAAGCAAGUGACAACAUGAAGCUGGAAGAAAAUUUUUACAACCAGAAGUAAACUUAUGCUAAAUCUUAACAAGAACAAAACGAAAAUUCAUUACAAUAUGUACGUGUGUGUGAAAGUAUGAAACAUGUUCUUCGUAGUACAGCAGCAGCUACCCAAUUCCUUUGCGAGAAGGCUAUGGAUGCAGCAACGUGCGCGUCAAUGAUUGUAAGAUAGAAAAACAUUAAAGAAAAAACAAAACAAAACACACACAUGCAUAAAAACUUCGUACUACUAUUACCUACAGAUUGUACAGAGUGACGAAAAUAAGAAUUGUAAAAGAAGAUGCGAAAAAGCACCCACACACACAACACAUAACGAAACGGUUCGAAUCUCAGCUUUAAACGAAACAAAGCGCACCGCUGCAUGGCAAUGCGAUAGCAGCAUUCCCGGGCGGUUUUACGUCACGGCAUUCACACUAUCUCUUCCUUUCCUGCAAUUAUUGUUUCUUAUCCCCUCUAGUAUGUUUUGAUAAGUUCUUAUACGAAACCUCCUUUCUAAGCUUAUUCACUCUAGUGGAUCAAGCUAUUCCUUUCAGGGCUCUUCCAGCCCUUGGAUUUUCAGAUAUUUUUUAAAUUUUUGUUGUUGUUGUUAGACCUGUCCCCUAUCCGUUUAGUCAAUUUUGCCGCUUAAAGCCGAGACAAGAACCGAAAGGAUCUAUAUUGUAUCAACUUAACAUGGAUGUGAGGAUGAUAAUGAUGAUCACGAUGGAACAGUGUUGCAAACGAGAAAACAUAGUUUGGUUCUCUUUUCUCUUUUGCUUUGCUUUUCGGUAGUUGAUCGUUGGAUGGGUGUUCUUUUUUUUGUUUUAUUUGGUUAGCCAAGAUUGUAAGUUCUAAUGAAGGAAAAAGCUUUAUCUUUUGUGUACUUUUAAGAUUACGAAACCCUCACUACGACACAACGAUCCGCCGAUCCCCCAAUCCCGAACUGAGUCAUUUUUGCAUUUUUCUCUGCACUUUUUCAUCUGGUGAUGUCUGUUUUCUACUUCUUUUUAAACAUCAUGUUCAUGCUAUUUUACACGAACAAAGAGAGAUUGUGCUAGUAUGUAGGUUAUGCGAUUUUGCUUUUUUGACUCGAGUAUGUGUUUUAAGUAGUUCAUGAAAAAAGCUUCCGUCUUUUUUUUGUUUUAGUAAAUACAAAUGAUGA